CGCCUCAAAAUGGCGGCGGUGGGGCCACGCCCCAACAGAACCCCCCCCACACCCCGUGAGAAAACAGUGAGAGGCGGAGGAGGGUCCGGGAGGUUUUGGGGGGGCAUCGCGGCCCUCAGUGCGAGAGGGGCCCUUAUAAAGUGGAACGGAGGGAAAUCUACAGCGGUGGGUUGAGGGAGAACGGCGUUCAGCUCCCAGAGUGGGGAUUGAGGUUUGAUGUGAGGAGGGAAGGUUUUAUUACCUUCAAGGACCUUUCCAGCCCAACUCGUUCCGUGGUUCUUUGAUCUUUAAGGGCCCUUCCAGCCCGACCGUUCUGUGACGCUGGUUUUAUGACCUUCAAGGACCUUUCCAGCCCGUUCUGUGAUCUUUAAGGACCUUUCCAACCUAAGUCACGCUGUGAUUGUGCAGUUCUGUGAUCUUUAAGGACCUUUCCAACCCAACCCAUUCUUUGAUUCCGCCUUUCUGUGUUCUUUAAGGCCCCUUCCAACCCCUUCUAUCAUUCUUUGGUUCUGUGGUUUUUAAGGGCUCUUCAACUCAGCCAUCCCACGGGAUAGCUGUAGUGCAUCUGACCUAAAAUCAAGCGUUUUGGCCUCAAAACCCACCUCACGCUCUGCCCCCCUGUGAUGCCUCCCGUAGAUCGUUUUAUUAAGGGUUGGUAAUGCUAUGGGUAGAAAAAUUGCCUCUUAUUUCCCAAAUAUUUCAUGAGUUUUCCUCUUGGGACACACCUGCUGAUCAGACACCGCUGACAUUGGGUUGUUAAUAACUGCUUGCUGGGGCAGCACGGAGCUCAUUCAGCUCUCUGAGUAGGUGUUCCCCACGGAGAGGGCUCAGCUGGGCUUCAUUUUCUGAUUGGUUUUAAGGUUAUGGCUCCUGGAAUGCUGGAGCCGCCAACACACAAGGUACCUACGCAACGAGUGCCACAAGCUGGCAAGGCAUGGCAGCAAAGGAGAACUACGAGGGGUCCUCGUGGCAGAGCUGGCAGUCCCACUACGAGAGCCCCAGGGCGGACAUGGGGAAGGCUGCACAAGGCUACGAAGGUUAUAACUACUACAGCGCCCCAAGCACGGCCUCCAGCACCGCCGCCACCUACAGCUACGGCCCCACCGCCACCCCCAGCUCCUGGGACACCCCCAAAGCCCCUGAGCUGCCCCUCAGCGACGUCGGCAUCGCCUCCUACAGCAGCGAUCCCACUCCCAGCGACAACUCCGACUCCAUCAUCGCCAAAAUCAACCAGCGCCUCGACAUGCUGUCCAAGGAGGGCAGCGGAGGGGCCGGGGAGGGCGUGGAGGAGCAGGAGAGCUCCUUCAGGUUCGACUCCUUCGACUCCUACGACUCCCGAUCCUCCCUACCCGACCACGACGCCUUCCGCUCCCCCUACGACUACGAAUCCGGCCCCGACCGCUCCGAUUCCUUCGGGAGCCACUUUGACAGCCGCCAGGACCAAACCCGAACCCGAGGCAGCGGUUACGGCGCGGCGCGGGGCCGGGGCCAGAACCGACCGCAGAACCGGGGCCGCCCCAACGCUUACGGUCGCCCCGAACACUUCAUGCCCUCUUCCAGCUCUGAGCGGCUGUCGGCGCGUUGGAACGAGCUGAACUACAUGGGGGGCCGCGGAGGGGGGCCCAACCGCCUGCCCUCCCUCUUCUCCCAAGCCCUGGUCCCCGAAUACGGCGACUACGGAGACUACGGCGACUACGGGGAUUAUGGGGAUUACGGUGACUACGGGGAUUACGGAGACUACGGCGUGAUGGGGAUGUCGGGCGUGGGAAUGGGGCGGUACGGGAGCGCGCCCUACGGAUACGGAGCGGGGCGGCAGCGCAGCCAGGAGCGGAUGGGCAGCGCGCCGUGGCACGGGAAUGUGCUGGGGCCCAAAAGGAGAGGAUUUCGAAACCGCUCCGGGGUCCGAUCCGAGAGCGAAGGGGGACGCAAACGGAAGCAGUCUCAGAGUGGUGAUGAACCUGACAGCAAACAGGCGAAGAGCGACAGCGACGGCGACGACACCGACAACGCAGAUGAGGGCGAAGGAGAGGAGAAGUCAGGAGACGAAGCUGACAAAGCAUCCGGAGAUGGCUACGAGGAUGAUGAUGAGGAGAUGAAGAAGAAGAGAGAGAAGCAGAGGAGGAGGGACAGGAUGCGUGACCGCGCCAUGGACAGGAUCCAAUUCGCCUGCUCCGUCUGCAAAUUCCGCAGCUUUGAGGAAGAGGAGAUCCAGAAACACCUCCAGAGCAAAUUCCACAAAGAGACCUUACGUUACAUUGGAACCAAACUCCCCGACAAGACGGUCGAGUUCCUGCAGGAGUACAUCGUCAACAGGAACAGGAAGAUUGAGAAGCGCCGCCAGGAGCUGACGGAGAAGGAGGGCGUGAAGCAGAAGCCGGAUCCCUUCAAGGGCAUUGGCCAGGAACACUUCUUCAAGAAGAUCGAGGCUGCUCACUGCAUGGCCUGUGACAUGCUGAUCCCUGCCCAGAACCACCUCCUGCAGCGGCACCUGCGCUCCGCAGAGCACAACCGGAACCGCAGGAUGGCCGCCGAGCAGUUCAAGAAGACCAGCCUACACGUGGCCAAGAGCGUCCUGAACAACAAACACAUCGUGAAGAUGCUGGAGAAGUACCUCAAGGGGGAAGAUCCGUUCACGGAUGAGAUGGCAGAGGAAGAAGGGGCGGAAGGAGGAGCGAGCGGAAGCGGCGCCGCCGAUGUCGGGGGUUCGGGUGACGCCACCGCAGACCUGGGGGACAGUGCGGAUCCGGGUGACGUCCCCAAGGAUCCGGCUGACAGCAGCAAGGAGCUGGGCGGCAGCGAGGACGGCUGUGACGGCCCCAAGGUCACGGCUGACACUGAAGGGACGGGUGACGACGCGAAGGAAGCGGGUGACGCCGGCGGGCUGGGAGAUGCCAAAGAUCCGGGUGACGGCACCGAGGAUAGGGGUGACACCAGCGAGGCUCCGGGUGACGGCACAGCUCCAGGUGAUGCUGAGGAUGCCGCAGGCGCAGCUCCGCCGGCAGCAGAAGAGCCCCACGAGGAGUUCCUCCGCCGCCCACCCCGGCCCCCACUGCUGCCCCCAUUCCUACAGGAUGAGGACCCCCCCCAGGACGAGGAAGAACCCCCCAAAAGCGGACCUGAGGGUGGGGAGAAAGAGGAGGAGGAGGAGGAGGAGGAAGCAGCUCUGGCAGCAGCUGAGCAGCUCUGAAUAUCCCCACACUGUUGAAAAACCACGGAAUCCGUCCACACUUCCCAAGAACGCACGUGAGGGCGGCACCGCUUUGGUUUUGGGGCAUUUCGUUGGGAUUUUAGGAUUGAAAAGUCGUCGUUUGUUGGUUGGUUGGUUGGUUUGGGGGGGAAUAAAUCGGAUUGUAUCUAC